AUGAGUUGGUAGUAAAAAUACCAAAACGUGGUAAUAACAUAAAAUUAAAAAAAAAAAAAAAAUAAAAACAACAACGAUCGAACGGCAACAACGUCAAAACCGAAAACGUGUUCUAUUAAACGCAUCUAGACGUGUUUUUCCAACUUUAUAACUUAACGUUUAGAGUGUCUGUUGUUUUAUGGAAAAAAAAUUUGCAUUAAAAAAUUUUUUAAAAAAAUUAAGAAAAACGUAAUGAUUUCCUAAAAGAGAAAAACUAAUAUAUAAAACAUAAUAUAUUGAAAAUUACAACAAACAUUUUAUUAAAAAAAGUUCAUAGAUAGUGAAAACUAAGAAAUUUAACAAAAUAAUAACGUAAAUAAUUUUUCAAACUGGUCUAAAUUGAAACAACAAUUCCAAAUCAAACUUGCAACAGAAAUCUAUAAAGUUCCAAAAAAUUAAAAAAAAAAACUCAACAUUUUGUGAAUGUACAGCAAAACGUACGAAAAUCUCGACACGAUUUAAAGUUUAUCUAAGAAAAUUAAAUAAAAUUUAUAAAAAAAAAAAACGUAAAAAUAAAUAACGUUUUGUAGUAGUAAAUUUUUAUGGCUGUAAGUUUAAAUGAAAAACAAAACUCUUAAACAAAAAAAGUAAAAUAAACAUUAGAACAAUUAACAUUAUAAAUAAAUAGAAAACAACAGCAACAAAAAAUUUUAACAAAUACCACUACAAAAGAAACAACAAACAAAAAGCUCAAGGUGUACAACUAUAAAUAACAAAAAAAAAAAAAAAAAACAACAACUGCAGCAACAACGAACAAAAAAAAGUUAAAUAAAACAAACACAUUUUACUAAAAGUGUCAAUUAUACACUUCACUAGAAAUUGCUGUAAUAGUGGAUUUGUUUCUUAACAACAACAACAAUAAACAGCAAGAAAAAACAAUAGAUCAAAUCAAAUAACCAAUAUAACAACAACUACAAUAAACAACAACAACAAGAAAAAUGUUAAUAUCAACUGUGUUUAUUGUUGCAACACAUCUCAUAAAUGCCUGCUAUAGCACGCGCCUGCCAUUGGAAGUCUAUGAAUUAACACCCAGUAACAGCAACAACAACAACCCAGCAGGUGUCACAACACAAGAUUUAAAACAUAAAAAUCUUGAAUAUUCUACCAUUAAUACCGCUGCAGUAGCAACAUCGCCAUCCUCAUCAUCAUCCGAUAAUUCUAACUAUUUUAAAGAACAUCAUGCCAGCUCAUCAAUUAAUGAUCCUCAUCAUCCACCUGAACAAGUUGACUUAAAGAUUUUAUCUUCUAAAGAACAUACACAAACUCAACUAUCCACCAAUCUAUUGGAUCGUAGGAGAUCUAGGCAAAUGUUAGAUCUACUUAAAACUCAUCAUGAUUUAACAGGAAAUUACAAUAACUUGCAUACACUGCAAUUGCCCACAACAACAUUGCAUGAUAGUGGUAGCAGUAAUAGUGGUGGUUCCACGUCUAAUAUCGCCCAUCAUAAUGGCAAGGAUGUACGCAUAUUAUAUCAAGUUGGUGACUCUGAGGACGAUCUACCCGUUUGUGCACCCAAUGCCGUGUGUUCCAAGAUAGAUUUAUAUGAAACACCCUGGAUAGAGCGUCAGUGUCGUUGUCCCUCCAUUAACCGAGCACCCGAAAUUAUCAUACAUCAUCAUCAUAAGGACCCACACUCCCAUCAGAAUCAUAAUACCGAAAAAUAUCACAGUUAUUAUGAACAUUCAAAAAUUCUACAUCAAAAUAAACAUUUGCUUUUGGAUGCUGCCGGUUUUGCGGGCGAUAAAAAAUACGAUAGUAUUCAUUUGAAGAAACUAAUGCAUAAGUUGGGGGCUGUUUAUGAGGAUGAUAUUAAUUUACCCUCGGAUUAUGUAUUACACGAUGAAAAUUCGGCUUUAGCUAGCAAUGAGGAGGGAGGUUCUUUGCUUUAUACCGAAGAGAUAAACGAUAAUGAAUAUCCCCAUUUAAGUAGGAAGAGUCAGCAGCAGCAAGAACAACAUCAUUUGUAUACAAAUUCUGCACACAUGAGACAUUCGGGUCAUAUGGGUCAUCAAGAGAAAUUGCAAUAUAUUGGCGGUUGCCCUAGUGGUUUGGGUGUGGAGGACGGUCAUACGAUUGCCGACAAGACUAGACAUUAUAAAUUGUGUCAACCUGUACAUCGGCUGCCAGUGUGUAGACAUUUCCGCGACUACACAUGGACAUUGACCACCUCAGCUGAGGUUAACUCAACAGAACAGAUUGUUCACUGUCGCUGUCCUAAGAAUUCAGUGACUUAUUUAACGAAACGAGAGCCCAUGGAUGAUGGCAAUUCGGGUUAUAAAUAUUUGUUUGCGUGUUCUCCUUUAACGCGCUUGAGAUGUCAACGCAAACAACCCUGUAAACUGUUUACAGUGAGAAAACGUCAAGAGUUCAUUGAUGAGGUCAACAUCAAUGCCUUGUGUCAGUGUCCCAAAGGACAUCACUGUCCCAGCCAUCAUACGCAGUCGGGCGUUAUAGCUGGUGAAACAUUUUUGGAAGAUAAUAUUCAAACAUAUUCCGGUUAUUGCAUGGCCAACGAUUGAUUCCAAAACAUGCAAAUUUCCAAUAUUUUGUAAAAAUUUAAAUACACACACACAAAUCCAAAAGUAAACUUCUUUGUUGUCAUAGACAUUCGUUAAGUUUUAAGUUUAUGAUUUAAGUUACAAAACAAACAACAACAAUGAGAAAAAAAUUAUUUAAAAAAAAUUUUGAACAGGUUCAAAAUAUUGUUUAAGUUUUUUUUAUUAUUAUUUUUUAUUAAAAAAUUAAUUUAAUGUUUUAUUUUUUAUGACUGAGCCGCCAAUAAAGAGUCUCAUCCUAAAGCAAACGAUAACAAACAAAAAAAAAAAAAAACUAUAAAUUGAAAAAUAAAAUUUAAUCUUUUUUAAUAAGAUUUA